UGAGAAUGAGAAUACAAGUAGAGAAAGCUAGACAUUAAUACAACAACACAGAGAGAGAGAGAGAGAGAGAGAGAGAGAGAUGGAGUGGAAGAAGUGUUAUUUGGAUGUAAUAUUGGUUCCACUCGGAUUUCUCAUAACCUUGGGUUACCAUUUCUGGUUAUGGCAUAAGGUUAGGACACAACCUCUUACAACCAUUAUCGGAAUCAAUGCCACCGCCAGACGUUUCUGGGUUUCAGCCAUCAUGAAGGACAAUGAGAAGAAGAACAUCCUUGCAGUUCAAACGCUCCGGAACGCCAUCAUGGGAUCGACCCUAAUGGCCACCACAUCCAUCCUUCUCUCGGCAGGGCUGGCAGCCCUAAUCAGCAGCACAUACAGCGUUAAGAAGCCCCUUGAGGACGCCGUUUACGGUGCUCACGGGGAGUUCAUGGUGGCUCUUAAAUACGUUACCGUCUUGACAAUAUUCCUCUUCUCGUUUCUCUGCCACUCUCUGUCCAUCAGGUUUAUAAACCAAGUGAACAUCAUCAUCAACGUUCCCCAACAACAUGACACCACGUCGUUCAUAGUGACCCCUGAUUAUGUGAGCGAGCUGUUGGAGAAGGGGUUUCUGCUCAACACUGUGGGGAAUAGGCUCUUCUACGCCGCACUUCCUCUUUUGGUGUGGAUAUUUGGGCCUGUUCUUGUUUUCUUGUGCUCCCUCACUUUGGUUCCUGUGCUUUACAAUCUCGACUUUGUGGUUGGUGGUGCCAAGGGAAAGAAUAUGGAUCAUGUUCAUGUUGGAUCAGAUCAUCAUACAGACUUCGUUUAAUUAUUUGAUUCACAUCGCAUGUAAUCAAUAAUUAUAUAUGUAUGGUCUAGUAUUAUUUCUAGCUAGCUGUCUAGGCUCCUUCUAAGGGAAGACUGAAGAGGAAGAGGAAGAGGUGGUUGUCUUUGUUAUAGAUCAAUAUUUUGAUAAAAAGGUAUGUACGUAAUUGGAACAUUAUUAAUGCAGGUGGUGAGAAUACUCUCUCAAUCAAAUUCAGGGAUAAUGGUGGUGGUGGUAAUGCUUUAUAAUAAUAAACUUGACUUUGUGAA